GUACUGCACAGCACCCAACACCUGGACUUCACUUCUUCGUUCUCCACUUUUGCGCGGUAGGGGCCACGAGAGGAAGAGCGGAGAUUUCUGUACAGAUGAUCUCAAAGUUUUAGAAACUGUGGUUGGAUGGACAACCUAACAACGGUCAGAGCUGUCAGUUCAAGUGGAGGCGCUCCAGUAAGCAGCAAAGUGGUCACAAAAUCAGUACCGACUACUCAACUGACUGCAAAAAGUGACAUUUCAGGGGGAGGAGCUUCAGCUGGAGGUUCAGGAGGCUCCGUUCCGAUCUCCUCCAGCAGCUCCCAUCAUAGUGGACUCCAAAGCGGAAGGAGUUCUGCGGGCACUGCCGCUGCAGGAGCCUCCUCAGCCGUGUCCUCAGGGGGGUAUAGUAUAGCGUCAGGGGUAGCAAGGACCUCAGGGGCAGGAGAGGGGUUCAAAUCGGCUGGAGGGGGCUCUUCCAGCAUGUCCCUCGGCUCUGCAAGUGCUGGCAAAGAAGGAAAAAGGGAAGCUGGUCUGGGAGCUGUGACAGUUUCUGCAGUGACCAAGCCCAGCUACAGUUCUGGAGGAGCUGCGGAGGCCAAGAGAGGUCCACUAUCUCCAAGUGGGUAUUCACUUCAGCCAAAGGAGAGGAAGAGUGUGAGCAACACGGCUGCAACUAUGUCGGAUGUGUUUAAUGAAAGCUCCAGUAGAGACUCUUCACCCGAGUACAAAAGGAAGGAGUACGGCGGUUCAAGUGCAACAUCAAGUUUGGCCACUAGAGGAAGAGCUCAGAGCAGAGAGAGCGAGAUCAGAGCGAGGCUUCAGAGCGCCUCGCCUCCGGCCCGAUGGACGGAGCUCGACGACGUGAAGCGUCUUCUGAGAGGAAACCGCUCCACCAGCACCAGCCCGCCCCAGUCGCCCAACAACACACUGCCCAUCCCCAAGAAGGCCAGCGUGGAAACCAGAACCCUGUCUGACAGCUCCCCAGAUCAAUACAACGGCGUUUGGGGCGGGGACACCGGCAACGGGGGAUAUGGUUACAACACCAACCCCAACAACCUUUCCUCCACCGGCCCUCUUUACCAGUCAGGAGUCCAGAACAACCUGAGUCUUAGCCCCACCUCGGUCAGCACCGGACUCUCUACCAGCAGCUCCGCUCCAGUUUACGGCGUGCAGAACAACCUGGGAGGUACGAGCCCGACGGUCUUCUUCUCGUCUGGAACCACCCCACAUAUCGUUUACGGUGUGCCGAAAAACGUGUCUGGGUUGAGUUCGAGCGCAGUGAGACCCAGCAGCCAGGCCACUCACGAGGCUUUAGGGAAGGACUCUAACUUUGUGAUGAUUGAGAAGGAAAACGCUCCAAUCAAGAAGGAGACUGAGCGGCUCGUCAUGGCCAAAGACACCGGGAAGCAGUUCAUGACUACAGCACCUUCCACCAACUCUGCUUCAUACUCUGAAGACUCUCUGAAGCGAGAGAAACAGAAGAUGGUCUCCAGUUCUGGGGAGGAGGGAGUUGUUACCAAAUCGUCAACAGUCAUGGCCAGCACCAAAGACAAGGCUACCUAUGCAGAGAUUCGUAGUGAAAAGGCCAGCUUUGGUUUCUGCUCCUGCUGCACCUGGUGGAAGUGGCUGCUGGGCAUCCUGCUCGGCCUGCUGCUUCUCCUCGGCCUCCUCUGUGGACUCAUCGCUCUGGGAGAGGAAGUUAAAAACCUCAAGAAGCGGGUGGAUGCCCUAGAAACUGUGUCUGGCCAGUCAGCCAGUUCCAGUCGCCUGUCCGCCUCCAAUGGUAUUAACAUCGUUAACCCGUUGGAGGCAACAAACUCUGAAAGGAUCUCCGAAAACAACAUCAACCUAGAAAAGGGCAGCGCUGCCCUCCAAAAGACCGUUCAGCAGCUGAUCCGAGCUGAACUCCAAUCCAGUGCAGUGAGAGAAACUUUGGCCUUCUCUCUAAAAGGGGAACGAGGACAGCCAGGACCUAAAGGCGACCAAGGACAACUGGGACAAAAAGGUGAACAUGGAUUACCCGGGAUACAAGGUGUUCCUGGUUACCCAGGACUGGAUGGACCAAAAGGACAAAAGGGGAGUGCAGGUGAACCAGGUCCAGAGGGACCAGCAGGCCAAAGGGGACGGGAAGGACCAGUGGGUCCCCGGGGCGAACCAGGACUGCCUGGUGUUGGAGAAAAGGGAGAUAAGGGAGUUCAAGGUUUACCUGGGCAUCCUGGUUCUCCCGGUCCUAUCGGGCCUUUAGGUUCAAAAGGUGCCACGGGUGAUCAAGGUCUUCCAGGAAUUCCAGGCGCUUCCGGUCAAAAGGGUUUCCCCGGUGAACCUGGUCAUCCAGGAGUCAAAGGUGAUCGGGGAACACCAGGGACUCAAGGACCCAAAGGAGAUCAAGGAGAAAGAGGACCACGUGGAUCAGGAGGUGAACCUGGAACACCUGGACCUCAAGGCCCCGUUGGACCAAAUGGACCUAAGGGAAGUGCAGGUGAAUCAGGCUCAGUGGGUCUUACCGGUCCCCGAGGACCGCCUGGACUUCCUGGAGACAGCGGUCCUCAAGGUCCUCCAGGCGUGAAAGGACUUCCAGGUUUUACUGGACACCCAGGACCACCUGGUGCUAGAGGUGAACCAGGAACACCUGGUAAAGUCAUCAGUCCAAUUGGUUCCGAUCAGGUGGCCAUCCCUGGACCUCCAGGCCCAGCUGGUCCCCCAGGUCGUGCUGGAAGUCCUGGACUAUCUGGUCCCGUUGGCCCUGCUGGCAACCCAGGGCAGCCUGGUCUCAAGGGAGAUAAAGGAGAAAUUGGAGAAAGAGGAGAAAGAGGAGAAAGGGGAGAAAAGGGAGACAGAGGGGAAAGGGGGGAGAAAGGCCAACGUGGUGUGCCAGGCUUCAGCGCCCCGCAAGAAACUGACCCAAGAAUCAACAAGCCUUUGGUUGGACCUCCUGGUCCACCAGGUCCUCCAGGAGUCUCUGGUCUAAAUGGUUCUCCAGGUAUACAGGGUCCACCAGGCCCCCGAGGUCUCCCUGGUGAGCCAGGUGUUGGCGCACAAGGACCUAAAGGAGACAAGGGAGAACCCGGUAGUUUUGUGCCCACAUCAGAAAGCUUCUUUGCUGGACCACCAGGACCACCAGGGCCUGCAGGACCACAAGGUCCACCAGGUGAUAUAGGAACACCAGGAUAUCAAGGUGAACCUGGACAGCCAGGUCUCACAGGCAGUCCAGGAAAACCAGGUUUCCCAGGAGCCCCUGGGCCUCAAGGGCCACCAGGACCCCCAGGAGACGGUAGCUCCUAUGCUCCUGGACCACCCGGGCCUCCAGGUCCACCUGGUCUACCUGGAUCUGGAACAUCUGAUGUGGGACAGUAUCUAACAGAGUACCUUCAAAGUGACGCUCUCAGACAGUACCUGGCAGGUCCUCCUGGACCUCCUGGUCCACCAGGAGAACCAGGCUCUCCUGGGUCUUCCGAAGACGGGAUGAUGGAUAAUGUUGCCAGUCGAGUCAUCAGCUACAUUCAGAAUUCUGCUCCACCUGCACCCGUCUCUGUCAAUGACCUCAUAAACCUUCUACAGCGAGAUGAUGUGAGAGCAUACAUUGCUGGUCCCCCUGGUCCGCCUGGUCCUCCGGGACCUCCGGGUCUAGGCGGCUACUCCUACGGCAACCAAGAUAUUGCUGAACGAGUCUUUGAACUUAUGAACGAGAGGGGGGUGGUUGGAGCUCCUGGACCCCCUGGUCCUCAAGGACCCCCUGGUAUUCCUGGAAACUAUGCAGGAGGUUGGUAUCCAGCUACUCAGUCAGGACCUCCAGGUCCCCCAGGACCUCAAGGUCCACCAGGAGCUCCUGGUCCUCCUGGACCAGCAGGCCCACCUGGAUUUGGAACGUACCUCAGUUCAGACAUCCGCGACUAUCUGCAGAAUGUUGCUCUCACGGGACCUCCAGGACCUCCAGGCCCACCUGGACCUGAAGGCCCUCCUGGUCCAUUUAGUAGAUUGGUCUCAUAUACCGACCAGGACAGAAGUGAAAAGCUGAGACCCGAACGCCAAGACUACGUUGGGGCUUAUGGUGGUUUACAAGAAGCCAUGUUUGGCCAGCCCCAACCAGGCCCUCCAGGACCCCCAGGGCAAAAGGGAGAGCCAGGUUUGCCUGGUGUGACAGACUGGAGCACAGAUGCGAUCGACUACUCUGGAGUGGCUGUAAAAGUAACAGAUUACAUCAAAUCAAACGGUUUGCUUCUUGACAUAAUGAAGGACAACAGCCACGCUUUUAAAGGGCCUCCAGGACCACGAGGGCCCCCAGGUCCUCCAGGCUACAGCCGACUGGAUGGGUCCCAUGGAAACACAACCGAUCUGAUGGAAUUCAUCAAAACACAUGGAGCUGUUGUGGGACCACCUGGACGACCUGGGCAGAAAGGAGACCGGGGGCUUCCAGGACCAAGAGGAGAAAAAGGUGAAUCUGGCUCUACUGGACCUCAAAGACGACACAGACUCCAUGGAGAAAGAGAUGCAGGGGAACUUUAUGGAUUUUAAGGAUUUCCAGGACAAAAAGGAAGACCUGAAGUCGCCUCACACAGUCACUCAGGACAUCCGGCAGAGUGGGAGGUUUUCAGAUGAUUCCUGUUCACUUUGUUUUCAAUGAACAAACACUUUGAGUAAACAUUGAUUAUUUGCUGUCA